AUGAACUGGUUCAUGAAAAUACAGCAAGUUCAGCAUGUGUACCCAUCCCAAGUCCAGUAUGUAGAAGGUGGAGAGGCAGUGUACACCAAUGGAACCAUUCGCACAGCCUAUGCUUACAACCCAGAGGCCCAGCUGUACGGGCAGGGCAGUGGUGGCCCCUACUUCGACUCACAGGCAGGGAGCACCCAGGUGACCACGGUGGUGUCUUCUGCCAGUGGGGUCCCACCGCACGGCAUGGUGGGCAUUGCCAUGGACGUGGGAGGAAGCCAGAUCAUCUCCAGUACUGGGACCUACCUCAUCCACGGAGGAGGAAUGGACGGGAACCGACACCACACUUCCCACUCCUCCCGUUCCUCAUCCGCAAUGCUUGAAAUGGCGAUUGAAAACCUCCAAAAGUCUGAAGGGAUUGCAUCUCACAAAAGCAGCCUGCUCAACAGCCAUCUGCAAUGGCUGCUAGACAACUACGAAACUGCAGAGGGGGUCAGCCUCCCCAGGAGCUCCCUCUACAACCACUACCUUCGUCACUGCCAGGAGCAGAAACUGGAUCCCGUCAACGCAGCCUCCUUUGGGAAACUCAUUCGCUCCGUCUUCAUGGGGCUGAGAACCAGACGGCUGGGCACAAGAGGGAACUCAAAGUAUCACUACUAUGGGAUCCGUCUGAAACCAGACUCUCCCCUGAACCGCUUGCAGGAAGAUUCCCAGUACAUGGCAAUGAGACAGCAGCCUGUCCACCAAAAACAAAGGUUUAAGCCGCUGCAAAAGGUGGAUGGCAUGGGGGAUAAUUUAGCCGGUGCUGCCCAGAAUUCAGCAGCAACCCCAGAACAAUCUGUGGCUGCUCAAAGUCAGCAUCACCAACAGUUUAUUGACGUGUCCCAUGUUUUGCCUGAAUUCCCGGCCCCUGAGAUUGGAACCUCUCCAGUGCCUGAGGGUAUCAGCAUGAAUGAUGUCAAGAAGCUGCAGAUCCUCUACAGGGAGCACUGUGAG